AUGUCUGGCCGAUUUAUCUCUGGUGGGACCAUUGGCGCCGGCGAGGACACGGAAGCUGGCGCGAGCACUGGUAGCAUCAACCGUCCUGCCGACGGCCCCGACGCGGCGCGCAAGGCGGCCGAAUGGGACAAGGUGCAACAGCAGCUUGACGCGGACCGGCGACGCCGCGCGCAGGCGGCGGCGGCGGCGGGGGGCGAGGAGCGUAGCCUGUACGACGUGCUGCAGAGCAACAAGGCGGCCAAGGAAGCGGCGGCGGCGGAGGCGUCAAAGCUGACGAACCAAUUCCGGGCGCUGGACGACGACGAGGUGGCCUUCCUGGACGAGGUGAGGGCGAGACGGCGGGCGGAGGAGGAGAGUGUGAGACGGGAGACGGAGGAGGGGCUGAAGAAGUUUCGGAGGCAGUCGGCGAGGAGAGAAGACGGGCGGGGAGUAGAGCAGGAGGAGGAAGAGGAGGGGGAGAGCUGGGGGACGAGGAAGAGGAAGAGAGGGAGGGAGAGGGAGGGUGGAAAGGGAAUGGGCGUGGUGAGGAGGAGAGUGGUGAGUGGGGUGGACGAGGGGAAGAAGGACGGGGAGGAAGAGAAUAAGACCGAGGAGAAAAAGAUUGAGGAGAAGAAGAUCGAGGAGAAGAGGGUCGAGGAGAUGAAUAUGGCAAAGAGUGGAGAGGAACAACUACGGAAGAAGACGGCGCUGGCAUUGGUUGAUUAUGGCUCGGAUAGUGACGAUUGA